AUGGUUGCUAAUAUUGGAGCAUUGAUCUCUAAGUUUGAGUACGAGAGGGUACUCGAUUCGAAUCCGCAAACAAAAGUUGUAUCGCUUCUGGGGACGAUUGAUAAUAAGGCGGCGAUAGUGACGGCGGAAAAGACACAUUUUUCCGUGGAUGAGACGAUCAAGAAACCAGGUCCCAAUGGGCGUCGUACUCCGAUUUUUUUCCAAUGCGAGAAUGAGUAUUCGUGUGUCAACAGCAUUGAAGAAUUGAAGGAGAUCGCUUCGAAUGAUAUCUACUACUGGGGCUUAGCAGUACUGAAACAGGAUAUGGAGCACAAUCCGACCGCCAAAUUGAAUCUUAUUUGGCCUGCAACGCCGGUCCACAUUCGGAAAUACGAGCAGCAGAAUUUGCAUCUCGUGCGGGAGUCUCCGGAGCUGUACCUGCAGGUUGUUGAGCCCUAUAUCCAGGAGUUUUUUGAUCAGGGACGGUUGAAAUGGGUUAAUAAUAUCCUGUACGGGGGCGCUGAAGCUGAUCGAGUGGUUUACAAAGAUUUUUCCGAAGAUAAAAAGGAUGAUGGGUUUAUCAUCUUGCCCGAUAUGAAGUGGGAUGGCGUGAAUUUGGACGCGCUGUAUCUUGUGGCGAUUGUGUACAGAGCUGACAUCCGAUCGAUGCGGGAUCUCAGGCCGAACGACCGGGAGUGGCUGAUCAAGCUCAACAACAAGAUUCGGACCAUCGUGCCAGCAUGCUACAACUACGCGGUGCAUGCAGAUGAGUUGCGGAUCUUUGUCCACUACCAGCCAUCCUACUACCAUUUCCACAUCCACAUCGUCAACAUCAGGCACGCCGGGCUGGGCGACGGUGUCGCUGCGGGGAAGGCGUUCUUGCUCGAAGACAUCAUCGAAAGUCUUGGCUACUUGGGGCCCAACGGUUUUAUGAACAGAACUUUAACGUAUGUUAUUGGUGACAACCAUGAGCUGUGGAAUAGAGGUCUGAAAGACGCUGUUGCUCUCCAGCUCGAGAAGGACGGGAUUCCCAAGUUGCCCAAAGUGGUCAACAAAUUUAAUCAGGUUGUCGACUAG